UGCGCACGGGAGCUCGCCGGCUGGACCCGGCCCGCGGGAAGUUCCCAUCUGAGAAGUUUUUAGCCGGCGCCGGACAGAGGCCGCGGGGUCCCUACGGAGGUGCAAUGCCGCCCAAGGAUCGCGGCAGAGGCAAGCUGCCAAUUCCUCUCCCAAGAGACAUGAUCCUGAAAGACACUGAAGGAAAAGUCUGGAGGCUAGGCAGUCAGAUCGGCCAGGGAGGAUUUGGCUUGAUCUACUUAGCUUCUCCUCAAACUCAUGUUCCGGUAGAAGAUGAUGCAGGGCAUGUAAUUAAAGUGGAAUAUCUUGAAAAUGGCCCCUUAUUUUCGGAACUGAAAUUUUACCAGAGGGCGGCAAAGCAAGAGCAUAUAAGAAAAUGGAUGGCUCUGAAAAAAAUAAGAUGUUUAGGAAUUCCAGCGUUUUGGGGAUCGGGCUUGGCUGAGUACAAGGGAAAAAGCUAUAGAUUCAUGGUCAUGGAGAGACUCGGGGAAGACCUUCAAAGAAUCUUUGAAGAUUGUGGAAGGAGAUUUAAGAAGGACACGGUUCUGCAACUUGGAGCACGAAUGUUGGAUACUUUGGAAUAUAUACAUGAAAAUGAAUAUGUGCAUGGUGACAUUAAAGCAUCAAAUCUACUUUUGGGCUACACCAAUCCAUGUGAGGUUUAUCUUGCAGAUUAUGGACUUUCCUACAGAUAUUGUCCCAAUGGGAACCACAAACAGUAUCAGGAAAAUCCUAGGAAGGGCCAUAAUGGGACAAUAGAGUUUACCAGCAUAGAUGCCCACAAGGGAGUAGCCCCAUCCAGACGAGGUGACCUUGAAAUCCUCGGGUACUGCAUGCUGCAGUGGUCGUGUGGGAAGCUGCCCUGGGAACACAACCUGAAGGACCCUGUAGCCGUCCAGACUGCGAAAACAAAACUUAUGGAUGAGCUCCCAGAUUCAGUGAUGAAAUGGGAUUCUUCUGGAAGCAGCUGCAGUGAAAUAUCCAAGUUUUUGGAACGUGUUUAUGGAUUAGCUUAUGAUGAGAAGCCAAAGUAUGAAGUGCUCAAGAAAAUCCUGCUGGCUGGACUAGAGUCAAGCGGAACUCGCUACGAUGGCCCUCUGGAAUUUUCCGCUGCAGCGUGCGCGCAGAAUCACCUUGCUGCUAAAGCGUCAAAAGUUCGUUUACCAAAGACUCUGCCAAAGCCAGUUCAGGAGAAGCAAAAAAAGAUAGAGGGUGAAGCAGGCAUCUGUCAAAGCAAAGGCUGCACUGGGGGAGCAGGCAAACAACUGCAAGAUGAAGAAAAGCCAAGUAGAUUCAAGAGGACGCCUCAGCACACAGAGCCACAGCAGGGCCACUUGCUGAAGCCUUCACUGAAACCAGUGCAACAGAAGCAAAGCAAGGUGGAAGAGGAAGAGCCUUCGUGCCCAAGCGGGCCGCACGCUCGUGUAACACGCUCGCAGGUCCGGCAGAAGGAAGAGAAGCCCAUUACAUUUUACACUAUGACUCAGCAGCCUGAGCAGCCACAAAAGGAAGUCUCUGCAAGAGAAUUACCCCCAUUCAACACCCAAGCAAGAUUCUCAGCAUUCAAUACAAGCCACCAUCAACUCUUAGCUACAGAUCAUCCAGUAUCAUUGCAAGAAGCUAGUUACAGCAGCACGUGGCCACCCUUGUCUGUGCUCUUCAGGCUGGCGUUCACUGACCAAACGUACCCCUACAGCACAGCUAUACUUGUACUUCUGCUACUCAUCUUCCUUUCCGUGUAUUUUCUCUGAUGCCACUGUUUCAGUGUCAGCAGUGUGAGUUCAGCAGUGUUUCCCUUUGUGCAACUUUCAGUGUUUCUUCAUUGAAGAUUUCAGUGUUAGUGACUUGAAGAAGUGAAAAACAAUAUAAUACUGUCAAUACAAUUCAACAGGCAAGUUCCCAAACUUCCCCAGUCUGCACUGACAUUUGCACUAUACUGUUUGGAUAAGGCUGGUUUCUGUUACAUUUGCUGGGAUUGACUUUUUUUAAACUGGAUACCUUAAAAAGGUAUCACAAAAUAUAUGGGGAGGGGGUACUUAAUGACCUGACACCCUGAUGUUGGUAACAGCGUGUAGCCAUCUUCACCUUGUUUCAGAAAACUUUUAAAUACGGAUGCAUUAAAUGC